AUGUCUCUAGAAGUUGAGAACCCACCAGGAAUAGAGACGACCAGACAGCUCAAACGACAGGACUCGCUUUAUGGUGAUGCAGAAAAGGUCUCUAGCUUCAAGCAUCAUGGCUCUGAGGGAGGCUGGCCGCGGUUGCUGCAUCUUUCAUUUCAGAGCGUUGGUAUCAUCUAUGGGGAUGUUGGGACAUCACCACUCUAUGCGAUAUCCAGCACCUUCCCUGAUGGCAUCAAGAACAAUGAUGACCUCCUUGGUGUCCUCUCCCUCAUCCUCUACACCCUCAUCCUAAUACCAAUGGUCAAGUACGUCUUCAUUGUGCUUUAUGCAGAUGACAAUGGAGAUGGUGGCACGUUUGCUCUCUACUCACUUAUAUCGCGGCACGCCAAGGUAAGGCCGAUACCAAACCAGCAGGCUGAGGAUGCUAUGGUGUCAAAUUAUGGCAUUGAAGCACCCAGUUCACAACUGAGGAGGGCACAGUGGCUGAAGCAGAAGCUCGAGUCUAGCAAGGCAGCAAAGAUUGGCCUCUUUACCAUUACAAUCCUUGGCACAUCAAUGGUGAUGGGGGAUGGAACCUUGACACCAGCAAUUUCUGUGCUCUCUGCAGUGAGUGGGAUCAGAGAGAAGGUGCCAAGCUUAACUGAAACGCAGGUAGUCUGGAUUUCAGUGCCAAUUUUGUUUGUGCUCUUCUCAGUCCAGCGCUAUGGUACAGACAAGGUUGGGUAUUCCUUUGCUCCGAUCAUCACAGUGUGGUUUUUUCUUAUUGCUGGCAUUGGAGUGUAUAACCUCAUUGUACAUGAGCUCGGUGUUCUUCGAGCCUUCAAUCCAAUGUACAUAGUAGAUUACUUCAGAAGAAACGGGAAGGAAGGAUGGGUUUCAUUGGGUGGUGUUAUCUUGUGUGUCACAGGCACAGAAGGAAUGUAUGCAGACCUAAGCCAUUUCAGUAUCAAGGCCAUUCAGAUCAGCUUUAGCACUGUCUUAUUGCCCUCAGUGGCACUGUGUUACAUCGGACAGACAGCUUAUCUGAGAAAAUUCCCAGAGAGUGUCACAGACACUUUCUUUAGAUCAAUCCCAGAGCUAAUGUUUUGGCCAACCUUCAUUAUUGCCAUUCUUUCGGCUAUCAUUGCAAGCCAAGCUAUGCUGUCAGGCGCAUUCGCCAUCCUCUCCAAGGCUUUAUCCCUUGGCUGUUUCCCUAGUGUUCAAGUGAUUCAUACCUCGAAGAGCUACGCGGGCCAGGUUUACAUUCCUGAAGUGAACUUUUUGAUGGGAUUAGCAAGCAUCAUAGUCACGAUCACCUUCAGAACCACCACCGAAAUUGGCAAUGCUUAUGGGAUCUGUGUUGUGACUGUGUUCUCAAUCACCACCCACUUGACGACUAUUGUGAUGUUACUCGUUUGGAGGAAAAAGUUUAUCUUCAUCUUGCUUUUCUAUGUGGUGUUCAGCUCCAUAGAGCUGAUUUACCUCUCAUCCAUACUGACGAAGUUCGUCCAAGGUGGGUACCUGCCAUUCUGCUUCUCGCUUGUCCUCAUGGCCUUAAUGAUAACAUGGCACUAUGUCCAAGUCAUGAAAUACUGGUAUGAGCUGGACCAUAUCGUGCCAGCGGAUGAAGUGACAUCACUGCUUGAGAAGCAUGAAGUGCGGCGGAUCCCCGAGGUGGGCCUCCUUUACUCAGACCUGGUUCAAGGUAUUCCACCUGUAUUUCCACGUUUGGUGCAGAGGAUACCCUCUGUGCACUCGGUCUUCCUAUUCAUGUCGAUCAAGCACUUGCCUAUCCCACAUGUGGCUCCUGUGGAGCGGUUCCUCUUCCGACAGGUCGGGCCAAGGGAGCACCGAAUGUUUAGGUGUGUGGCGAGGUAUGGGUACAGUGACAUGCUAGAAGAGUCGAUGUUGUUCAAAGGUUUCCUCUCGGAGAGGCUAAAAAUGUUCAUCCAAGAAGAGGCUGUGUUUGAGACGAACUCUAUAGCCGGAGAUACCCAGACAAGUCCUGAUGAGGUGAUCGAUCCCGAGGUGUGUGGCCAUGAUGAGAACAUCACCUCUGAUUUGGCUCUUUGGGUCGAAAAGGAAAAGCAACUAAUUGACACGGAGAUGGAGCGAGGGGUGGUCUACCUUAUGGGGGAAACCAAUGUCAUAGCAGGACCAAAAUCAUCUGCGGCAAAGAAGAUAGUGGUAGACUAUGUCUACACAUUCUUGAGAAAGAACUUGAUGGAAGGGGAGAAGGUGCUCUCCAUUCCAAAAGACCAACUACUCAAAGUAGGGAUCACAUACGAGAUAUAG